UGUCUCGUGUUCUUUACGUGUGUGACGCAGGGCCGCGAGUGUUGACUUUAGUCAGGACUUUGGUCCUUCAUGACAGCAAAGGGUCAUGAUACUCUCGUGCGGUUAACAUUUGAAAAGUUCAAAAACAAAAAGAAAGAGUACACCAUGUCGUGAACAAGCGCAGAAUCAAGACAGAACGCCUAACACCAUGUUUCGUCGUGCUUUCCCCACCCUCCGUUGGUGCUCGUCCAACCCGCAAAACAGCAUGACGAUGCGGGACCCGCGGAUCCACGACAGCACGUACGACAAGGUCCUGAAGCCGCCCUUUUUCAAGCACCGACGGAUGUCGCACCCGUACUUCUGCUCGGAUUUCUCCAAGGGAAAAAGGAAACUGGUACUCCGCAUAGAGUACGAUUGGCGGAGGUUCGCGAGGGAGGCGAGGGAACUGAAGACGGUACUGCACCGGCUGUUUGUUGAGAAGAGAAGAAUACGAAACGGAAUUGAUAACGGGUCUUCUUCCGAGUCAGAGUCCCAGCUCGCUCAGGAUGAAGGCAACUAUCAAAUGCAAAAAUGUCUGGCUCUGGAAGGUUGGACUUGGAACUUGUGAUGCUCACCUCGGACUCUAAAAAAAUCUGUAUAAUUGUAUGACCAGCAAGAGGAGUCUAGUCUGUGCUACGCGGGAAGGUAUUUGUCAUGCGGAGUAGGCAUCAGGAAGCCCUCUAAAAAUCUGUGAUGCGAGGUCGUGCAUUACAGACCUCCUGGGUCAUGGAAAAUAUGCAUGACAAACCCAGCAACAUUCCAGACCCAGACACUUUCGCAUUUGAUAGUAACAGACUUUCUGCAACGAGAACCGCGAGGACUAUGUCGAGUAGCUUCGAUCUGGUUGAAAUCGAGGCGUCCGGAGUGCCGGUUGGAGAGCAGGAAGUACGAGUGUCGGUUGCGGGUGAGAAUAUGACCGUCUUGCACCACGGGGAAUUCAAAAGUGUACUGACGGAAGCAGGGUUGAGAAAUCUGCACGCACGCGUUGUGAGGAGUUUCGAUAUCAGCUGCUGACAAAAUGUAGGAGUACUGCGUGUAGUAACUGCGUCUCGUUGUCGGAAAGGUGCGUGCGCUUGAGCUUGUCUUGCUCUUGCGAUUGACACUUUCAUCGCAUAUCAUAUGACGCAGACCAGUCUGCCCUUUUUAUCGCAAUCAAU